CCAUCGUCUCCAUUUCCCCCCGGUUCGUCAAUUGCUGGAGCUUGCAUCAUCAUCUCCCUUACUUUCCUUCUUUCCCUUCGUAGUUGGCCCCCGACGUCCUGCCGUAUGUGAUCCGAGCACCGCAGCCGGGGAUCGUUUCGACCAGCCGAUUCCCACCUGUCUCUAUUGAUCCUCCGCCCACGGAGACCCACGGACCAGGCAGACGAAUACCAACAUCCCCUGCCUAGGCGUUCGUCUACCGAUUUGUCUUGCAGGCCUAUCGCGAACACUCAAGGUUACCGAUAUAUUGCCUUUCUUCAGCCCUUUCACCCCUCCGUUGGUUGUGAGCGGAACCUUACUCCUCGACACUUCGGUGACCUCGGUGGACGAAGUGGACGAACAGUUAGAUCGAAGGCGAGGGCGACCAGUAUAGUCUCCUUGGAAUAAACACGAUGCGUGACGGUGGGCUUGGGAAGUUACAAAGGAGGAUGAGACGAUUUGGCGAUACAUUGAACCCGGAUGAUGCGUAUCUAAGUUACCAUGAUGUUCGAUUAACACGAGGGGACAUGCAGUCGCUGAAGAAUGACUGGCUGACCGACAAUGUCAUCUCCUUCUGGGAGGAAUACCUUGAACACGAAUUCCUUGCGCAAUACAGGUCCUCCAAUAUCGUCCUCCUUCGACCGAGCAUGUCGUUCAUGAUCUUGCAGACGCCAAACCCGCAUUCUCUGCGUGAAGCCCUCCCCGAUUUUUCUCGAACCACGCAUGUCUUCCUCCCGAUCAACGAUUGUCGCAAUGUCACGGAAGCAGAGGGAGGCACACACUGGUCAUUACUGUUGAUUUCAAUUGUGGACGGGAUAGCGUUCCACUAUGAUUCGCUGCCCCCGGGGAAUUUCUGGGAGGCGCGGACGGUGACUAUGAAAUUCGCGGCACUACUAGGACGACCCAUCAACUAUGUUCAUCUGGAGGAUUCGCCAGUACAGGAGAACGGAAGUGACUGUGGCGUUUUUGUUUGUUUGAGCAUGCGCCAUUUGUUACUGAAGAGAUUGCUCACUGCCAACGCCAAUGAGAAAGUUAGCAUGAGUCUUGGUGGGCGGAAGGUUGAUGCUCGGUCGGGACGCAAGGAAAUGGCCAAGAUCAUUGAAGGCUUCCGAAAGGAGGGCGAGAGACGGAGAUCAGCGAGUCUAAGCCCCCUGGGCAAGAAGUCAACGAGUCCUCCACGGAUCGAAUGAUAUCACAAUCAAUCAGGACAACUCAGGCUCGGCGUCGGAAAGUUUUGUACAUUGGGAGUUGUUGAUACCAGGUCUCGGAUACUGCAUACAUAUGCCAGAGGGGUUGAUAUGACUGUGUUGGGGACUCGGGCGUAGUAGCGCCAUUGGAAGCCCUUCUGGCUAUGCAUCUUUCUUCUAUUGUCUCUGCUAUGCUUGCACUAUGUUUUUAUUGUUGUUCUUCCAGUUUUUGAAUUCGGACAGCAUAUCUUCCUAUCGAUUGUCGCAUUGUUAUGACAUGGAAACGGGUAAUGAGAGACGUGCAUUUUGACUAUGUCGCUGCCUUUGCAUUCUAGCUUAAGCCCUGUUUUGAUCCUUUCCCGACUCACGACGUGUUUGUGUUUGGAUGGAUUAGUUACGUUGCCUGUGCCACUGGUGUAAUUAAUAAUAUGUCUUGUGUAGUUGGAUACAUGUCUUGAAUACGAU